GUGGUGCCAGCGGACCGGGCAAGCAGCGGGAGGCUGGAGAGGAGGCUGCCGGGCCGGAGAGACGUCUUCACGUGUGGAUCUAGAAACCGGUUUCCAGAUGUUUUAACAUGUCGACGUGACGUUAAACCGUGAAACUGGUCGCUUUUUUUUUUUUUCUUCUAUACAAUCUGUGAGUCCUGCGCAGGUGGCCCCGCGGGGCUGCAGGUAGCUGCUGCUGCUGCUGCUGCCGCCGCCGCCGCCGCCGAUGGUGAUGAAGGUGUUUCGCAGUCCGGCCCGUCAUGGCUACGCUGCGGAGGUGUCCCCGUUCAUCCCUAACAGAGUGGCCUGCGCUGCCUCCCAGCACUAUGGACUGGCUGGUUGUGGGACACUCCUGGUCCUGGAUGAGACGGAGACAGGGGUUUCUCUAGUGAGGAGCUGGGAGUGGAGCGACGGUCUCUUUGAUGUGGCGUGGAGUGAAACCAAUGAACAUGUCUUGGUUGCCGGGGGUGGAGACGGCAGCCUGCAGCUGUGGGACGUAGCCAAUCACAACACUCCGCUGAGGGUGGCCAAAGAACACACACAAGAGGUGUACACUGUGGACUGGAGUCAGACCAGAGGAGAGAACCUCAUCGUCUCUGGAUCGUGGGAUCACACUGCCAAAGUGUGGGACCCUGCUCUCAGCCGCUCGCUGACUACGCUCAGAGGUCAUGAAGGGGUCAUCUACAGCACCAUUUGGUCUCCUCACAUCCCAGGGUGCUUUGCUUCGGCCUCAGGUGACGGGACACUCAGAGUUUGGGACUUGAAGGCCGCUGCAUGUCGAUUGGCCGUCCCGGCGCACAAGGCCGAGAUCCUGAGCUGUGAUUGGUGCAAAUACGACCAGAAUAUUGUGGCCACAGGCUCAGUAGACUGCAGUGUGUGUGUGUGGGACCUGAGGAACGUACGACAGCCCGUCACUCAACUGCUUGGCCACACCUACGCCAUCCGCAGAGUCAAGUUUUCUCCGUUCUGUAAGACGGUCCUGGCAUCCUGCUCGUACGACUUCACCGUCAGGUUCUGGGAUUACAACAGGAACCAACCUCUCCUGGACACUGUGGAACAUCACUCAGAGUUCGUCUGUGGAUUAGACUUCAACCUGCACAUCCCCAACCAGGUGGUGGACUGUUCCUGGGAUGAGACGGUGAAGAUCUACACACCUGCCUGUCUGUCUGCCGGACCACGCGGCGCGGCACCCUAGAACGCACCUUCGUCGUUCGGCACUUGUGAGGACCCCGCCGCUGACGUAAUGCGAUCGCCAGCCCGUUUAAGAAAGGCACUUUCGUUUCACUUCCACGCUGGAAUGAUUCUAAAUGUUUAAUCUCACACCCUGGGAACCCAAACACAUGUUGUUAGCGAGGAGAUAAAGUGAGCGUGUGUGUGUGUUUUCUGUUAGCAGAGUUAAAACCGUGCUCCAGUGUGAAAACAGAAAAUAAGGUCCUCUGUUUUCGAAUAAAAUAUGCUCUUUACUUCUGACGAAGAAUAAAAACAAUUUACUCCAAGAGCCGGAAUUUAAUUUGAUGUAUUAGAAGACGCCAGCGUGUCCCAAUCAGUUACAUUUAUGCAUAUCAGCAAUAUGGUACUGUGAUUAUGGCCCAGUGAUGCAGUUGCCACCUGAAAGUCUUGUAAUAUCAGUAAACAGAAUGUCGGACCAGUUUGUCUCAAUCAACGCAGAAACCAAGACCGUGAACACCCGUCCCGUUUCAGGUGGGAUUAGCGAGUGACGUUGAGUCUGCCGUGAACAAAUGAUGUGAAGCGGGAGGUUUUACACCGCGUGUGAACCGUGACGUCCAAGCCACGACUGUACGUUCCUCAUCUUUAUCUCAGUGAUAUUCAGCUCGACCGGAGAACAAAUGUCAACUGGGACUGAUUUCAGUGUGUAAAUGUCAUCAGUGUAGAUGUGAUGAUCUGUGUGUGCAGUGCCUUCAAUAAAGCAGCAGAUAUCUCAUGAAGACGUUGAUAACGUGGAGCAUUUGUCUUCAUCUUAUCAGUUAAUGUCUUAAAGAGCACAUCAUUGUUUUCCUCAAGGAUGAGUCUGGAGAGAUUCUGUGUUUUUUUUCCGUGGUCAACAAAUCCCACCAACAGACCAGAACCAACCGUGUGUCAGCCCGUCUCCCAACGCCCUCUGACUUCUCUACCUCCAUCGGGUCCUUCUGAAGCUGUAAAUCUUGAAAAGCCUCACAAAUAUAUGGUUUCACUUCUGAAAAAGCUCGGCACUUUCCUCUAACAGCCAGUCACUCCAGUUUAACAAGGGAACAUAUAGUAAUGGAGCAUUUGUUGGGGAUUAAUCCACGUUUGGUGCUGUAGCGCGUGGGAUUGAGUCAAACUAAUGAUAUAAUGAUUUGAAUCUACACGGCCGGCAGGGCUUUGCCUGUGGCUGUAAAUAUCGAUGAUGAUGAUGGUGAUGAUGAUGGUGAUGGUGACAACUCGUCCCUGCUGCAGCCAAUCACAGCUCUCCUGCUGAUGAUGCGUGAAGGGUUCCUCUGUGCAGCCAAUCUCUCUGCAGGGAGAACCCAGCUAUGAAACGAUAAA